AUGCAACCGGGAUGCGGGAAGACCCCGCAACCCAGCAACUCACUAGGUGCUGCUCCUGCAGCAGCCGCUGGAGCAGCUGUCGAGGCGACAAACUCUUCUCCUACGGAUAAGUCGCUUGCAGUCGAAGAGGUGGCAGCAGCAGAAACGGAAGCAGCAGUAGCCAAUCAUUUGUCCAGUGUCUUAGUGUCAGAUGGGCUCCCAGCAGCAGAAGCGGCUUCGAAAGGAGGGCCUUCAGCAGCUGCAGCGGCAACAAUAACGACAGCGGCAGCAGUUCAGGAUGGGCCUGGCGCGAGCUGCAAAGCAGACGUAGCCGUUGCAACAGGAGCAGCAGCUGCUGCUGCUGCGGCUGAGGACAACUUGGCAUUGGGGGCCUCAAAGCUGGGAUCACCAAAGGGGCCUCUGGGCCCAGUCGGGGCUUCGCCGGUGUCGUGCCCCCUCCCUUUAAGCGCAGCAGUGAUGGGGGGGCCCUGGAGCCCCCCAGCGAACAUGAAUAUUUGGCAUUCCCCUUCCCUGUCUCCAGUAGAAGCCUUUAUAAAGUCUGGCGAGGAGUCGCCGGGGGCCCCUCCUGAGGAGGCCCUGGCCAGGCCACCUUUUGGGGCCCGGAGGGGACUCAGCGAAGAAACCCGACAGGGUAUCUCCGAAGAGGCCCCCCAGGGGCCCUCUGUGGCAGCUCGUGAUGCCGCGAAUCUAGAGACUUCCUGGGGACCCAGGGAUGCGGCUUCAGGUGCCCGGCCUGCCGGGGCCGCGAAAGACACCUUUGAGGAGGGGUCUCCUGAGGAAGGCCCAGGAGGAGCUGCUGGCGGCCGCCUUGAAUCUGUAGCAAAUGCCUUUCUGGAGUGGUGCAGCUCGGGGGACUCUGCGGGGGCCCGUGGGCAUUCUGGGGGCCGCGGCGACGGCUGGGGCACCCGAAGGCAACUCCUUGAGGGGUUGGCAGAGAGGUGUCACAGACAGGAGCUGCAUCUGCAGCAGCAGCAGCAACGGCAGGCGGUGAUGGAGGCGGAGAGGCAGCAUCAGCACCAAGAGGAGCAACACCAGACGUCGGUAGAUUCCUUGCAACAGCAGGUCUCGGGUUCGCAGCAGCAACAGCCUCUCGUGCAGUUGAUGCAACAGAAGCAAACAGCGUCCACACAGCAACAGCAGCAGGAGCAACCGGAGUCGAAGCAGCAGGACAAGGAGGUGCCUCCGCAGGAGCAGCAGGAAAUAGGGCAGCAGAAGCCGCAACACGAACAAGAAGACCAAAGCCAGGACCACCAACAGCAGCAGCAGCAGCAGAAGCGUCACAAGAGGCAAUUUUCGCGCAAUGUCCGUUGCAUGCCAUCACUUGUUGAGGCCUUUCUUGUCCUGGGGCCCCCUGCGGCGACCCCUGUCCUAGACAGCUGCAUUGGCCGCUACUGCCAGCAGCAACAGGAACAGCAGUGCUGCUGCUGCUGCUGCGAGGCUAGAAGUCGGCAGGAAGAAGAUACCCCGGCUGCGGCCGCUGUUGCUGCCAGUGCUGGUGAAGGGGUUCACAAGGACUUCGUCUCCGAGCACGACCCGGUGGGGCAUGAGAGGGAGAAGCAAAAGCAGCAGCAGCAGCAGCAGCGGCAGCAGCAAGGGCAGGAGCUACCACGAAGCGGGAGCAGCAGGAGCGAAGACGUAGAGCGAACCAGCAACAGCACGAGCAGUAACGACAGCAGCAGCAGUGACCUGUUACAGCCGCACGUUUGGUGGUGCUGCACUUGCAAGAGCGCUCCGUGCGCCUUUCCUGAAGGGGCUGUCCCGCCAGAGUGUAGCCGCUGCAGCAGCAGCGAAGGCAUAGCAGCAGUAGCUGCAGCAGCAGCAGCAGCAAACACGCCGUUCCAGCACCGGCAUUUAGAAGAUGCAACAGCAGCUGUCCAAGCGACGGCAAUAGAGGCAGGAGCAGAAGGAGGACCAACAGCUGCUUGCUCCCUGAUUCCAACCGCAGCAAAGAGCCCGUUGGUUCCAGUGGCUGCACCAGCACAAGCAGACGCCCCAGCAGCAGCCGAGGGAGCAGCAAAAAUACCAAGAGGGCUGAUGCUCCGCAUCUCCAUGCGCCACGAGCACCAACAGCGGCAGCACACAUCUGCGGUCCACAGUCGAACGCAACAAAUGGGAGCUUCAGCUGCUGCUCCAGCAGUUGUUGCCGCUGCAGCACAAGCAGCGGCGACAAGUGCACCUGCAGAUGCAGCAGAGGAUCUGACAACUGUAAUAGCUGCAUCAACUGCAGCAGAUGCAGCACAAGAUUGUACAUCUGCAGUAGCUGGAUUGACUGAAGCAGAUGCAGGCGAGACUGCUUCACCAACUUUAGAAGCCGCCAACAGGCCAAACAAUCACUCACUUGCUAUGAUUCGUUGCCGAGUCCGUGGCGUCUGCUCUUGCAGCGGCGGCAGCAGCAACACCGGCAGCUGUUGUAGAGUAAGCUCAAGCGAAUACUCACAGCGCUACUGCAAAUGCAGUUACACGCCGAGCUUCGACGUCGCAGUGACGCGCAAAGGGAAACCCAAGGUCCUCCCCGUCGUGGAGCCAUCAUCAUCAGCAGCAGUAGAUUCAGCAGAUCCACCAACAACAACAGCUGGCCCAGCAAAGGCGGCGGGAACAGCGACACCAGCUGCAGCAAAAGAGCCAGCAGAAACAGAACCAGGAGCAGAAACAGAAGAUGGAGGUGGAGGUAACGCCUCGUGGCUACCGCCAGAGGUACCCCCAGCCGCAGAGAUGUUCUGUUUUCCACAGGGGACAGCGAAGGUGCUGCCCGUCAGCAGCGGCUGUCUAUGCACCCUUCUUCAGCCGCCUUCGCAGCAGCAGCAACAGCAGCAAGAAGGUGUUGCUGCAGCAAGGCCCUGUACGUCUCCUUGGCAAUCGUACUUGCCGCCUGUAUUGACGGAGCUGCUGUCUCCAGGUGUAUGCAAACCAGCAGGAGCGCCAGCGGCAGUUCCCCAAUCUGUCUUAGAAUCAGCGCCUGCAGCAUCCCCUCAAAUGUUUUCUGAACCAGCAGCUUCGGUGGCAGUCGCACCGGCAGCAACGCCAGCAGCAGAACCAGCAGCGUCAUCGGCAGCAGCAUCAGCGCGAGAUCUGCCAUGCAUGUGCCAGUGGGGUGGCUGCCCGUGCGCUUCUCUGCUGAGAGUGCAUUCUCCCUCCUCUUCUGUUUUCGUCUUGACAGAUAUGCAGGGUCGCAGACUAUAUGGACACUGUCUUCGCUUCUUCGAGCUCGUGACCUUUAGGGUGCCUAGCAGCAGCAACAACCUGCUCAGCAACAGCAAAAGUCCCGCUGCAACAACUGUUGCUGCAGAGCGAGACGCUGUGGCAGAUGCUGUAGCAACAGAUAGGGAACAAGAAACAAACAAAGCAUGUGCAGACACAGCAGCAGCAACCCCUGGGUGCUGCGGUAGUGAGCCCCCACUGGCUUAUGUGGAGAGGGCGUUUUGCGUGCUGUCUGAGCUCCCGUUCUUCGGGGUUUUCCAUGAGUGGUUGUGGUGUACGUACACAUCGUACGCUGCUCUAUGUCAAGCAACGGCAUGCAGUUCCAGAGGUCACAUCGUACUCCAGAAGCAGCAGCAGGUAGAGAAGCGGUUGCUACUCCCCUCACCACUGUUGUAUCUACAACAACAAGCCACAAGGCUGGUGGAGGAGACGCCAGCUCCAGUGGCAGCCCACUUAUGGGUGGUGUUCCCGCUGCAACAGGCUUAUAUGCGUUGUGAAAGCAGCAAUAGUAACACUGGAGAUGCCGGUGCUGUCAAGAGCAACAACGACUACAGCAACAACAACAUCAACUCGAUGCAGGUUUCGGUCUCACUGGAGUGCACUCGCGCCCUCCAAUUCGCCCUGCCGUCGCCGGGAAGCUUGCCCCUGCUGCAGCUGCCUGCAGUGAAUCUUCUGAAGUCCUUCCCUCUAGAACUGCUGUUGCUGCUGUUCUUGCUGCUGUUGUGCGAAAAGCAAGUCGUGCUGCUCUCCGCAUCUGUAAAUCGCCUUAGCCUGCUGCCUUGCGCUCUCACUGCCUUGAUGUACCCCCUCCGGUACUCUCAGGUGUUCGUCCCGUUGCUUCCGGCCUCCCUCGCGCAUUUUGUAUCGAUGCCGCUCCCCUUCUGCGUUGGCUUUUUGACGCCACCUCCGCAGCAACCGCAACAGGGAGUUCCGGCUGAACUACAGCCGCAAGGGAAGAACAGCAGUGGCAGCAACUCUCACAGGAAGCGCAGCGGCAUCCCCAGAGGAAGGGCAGCCCCUCCUGCAGUUUACGUGUGCACUGUUCCUGAUUUUACAGCAGCAGCAGCAGCAACAGCCGCAGCAACAGCAGGAACAGUUUCUAGCAGCAGCAGCAGCAGCACAAACAAUAACUGCACAAACACAAUUUCCGGCAAUAUGUUGUACGCCAUCAACCUUUUCUCCCACGCUCUUGAUACAUUUCCCCUCGGAGUUUAUUUGGUGGACUUGGACAACUGCUCUCUAUCUCUUUCCCACGUUGCCCUUGCGACUGCAGCAGGGGACCCGCAGCAGCGCGACUCGUUGGACCCUUUAGCAGCAGCAACUGCAACAGCAACCGCAGCCGAAGCCGCGGCAACAGCAACAGCUCCAGGUACUGUUGCAUGGGGGCUGCCCCCCUUGCCAGAUAUAAUGCUGAGAAAGCUUGUCGCGAGCCUUGUGCCGUUGCUGUGCAAAGACGCAGUUGCGGCGGCGGCAGCAGCGGCAGCGGCGGCAGCUAUCGUAGAUGGUAACCUGACCAACCAGCAGCGGAAGAUGCUGCAGCGCCACCAGCAGAAGCAGCAUAAGAAGCGGCGGCAACAGCAGCAGCAGCAGAUCCCCUCGUUUCUUCCAUCCAACUGGCUGGUCCUUCGGGAGAAUGUAAUUGCUGCAAUCACAGAAGAAGCAGCAACAUACAGUGCACGGCUUGCUACUGCUGCUGCUGCUGAGCUAGGCAGUCUCAGUAACAACGCUGCAGGAGGCGCAGCCCUGCAGUCCCAGCAAGGCGCCGCCAGGGGUGACCCCCUACAGCUUCUGCGUGCAAACAGCAGAAAUCAGCAGCAACAGCACUUGUUUAGCCCACAGUCAGGUGGCCAGAGCAGCACUAGCUUUGGUGCUGCUCCAGCAGCUGGUGCCGCAGGGGCAGCAACUGCUGGCAGCAGUAGGAUCGGCAACACCACUGCCAGAGGGGGAGCCAGUCGUUCUCAUAGCGGGGCCCUUCUUUCUGUCUUUCGCUUCUUGAAUCUCUUGCCUCCUGGAAAGACAGAUCAGCAGCAGCUGCAGCAACGGGAGCUACAUCACCUACCGCAACCCGCCAAGCUGCAACUUCAGCAGCAGCAGCAGCAGCACAGGAGAGAUAACUGGCUGUGGCGGCUGUGGGGGCAGCGCUCUUCGACUUCCGGAACGGACAUGACGGACGCAGCAGCAGCAGCUUCAGCAGCUGCCGCAGCUUCAGCGGCGGCAACUGCUGCUGCCGCCGCUGCUGCUGCAGACACAGCACCUUCGCUCCGGGGCAGCCCAGGGCAGUCUGCUGCUUUCCGCUACUCGUCCGUUCCCGUCGGAGCUCACGCUGCAGCUGCAGCUGCUGAUGCUGCCUCAUGGAUGCGGGAGAAGCAGCAGCAGCAACGACAGCAACAGCAGCAACUGGAACAAGAAGAGGAGAAACGACGACAAAAAGAGGAGCAGCCGCCGUUCGAGAAUCCCGAACACCCGUCACCCUCGCCGGAUUUGUGUGUUUCACCUGCACGAGCAGCAGCAGCAAGCGAAGCAGAGUCUGCGAGCGUUGCUGCUGCAGCUAAAGCUGACGAUUCCCAGCAACAGCAGCUGGCGAUGCAGGAGCAGGAACAGCAGCAGUCUCCGUUGCAGGAGAAAGAGCAGCAGCAGCCCGCAACGAGCACCAGCAACCGCGGGCGGAGGGGAGUGUCACUGUUGUUUCAGCGGCAAUGCAGAAGCAGCAGCGAAGUUUUUGAGCGCAGCAGAACGUGGGUCAAGGCAAAGAGACCUUCUGCAGCAGCAGCAAGAGGUCUUACUCCGGCACCCACGGCAGCAGCAGCAGCAGUAGCAGCGGCGGCAGCAGCAGCAGGCUCAGGGGUUAGUGAUAGAGACGAGUCGUGGGGACCAGGGGAUGCUAUUUCUUCAGCCCCCGCGACAUUUGUUGCUGCAACGGGAUUGCAGGAUGGAGCUGCUGCCGUUGCUGCGGCAGCAACAGAGCCUAGCUGCAACUUGCUGCCGGUGUGGCGCGAGUUUUCGGGCGUUUCAUUUGAGUCUUCUGAAGAGGGUGACGCCUUGAACAUACCUGUUGUCUACCCAAGCGGUCAGGACGCAGCCCCUGCCACCUCCGGUGCUGCUGCACCCAGCAGUAGCAGCUUGGGCGACCAAAGCAUUGCAGAGAAUCAACUGCAUUCUGAGGCCGAUGCAGAAGCGGAGGCAGCGAAGGCAACAGAAGCAGCAGCAGCAGCAGCUGCUUCUGCUGCAUCUCGUAUGGCUGCACUGCAGCAGGCAAGUACUGCAUGCAUACAGCCCCAGAUUGAUCCUCUGGAUGGGGCAGAGAAUCCUCUCACCAUCCUUCGUGAGUGGAACUCUGCUGUGGCCACUGGCGGUUGCUGCCAACAGCAGCAGGAGCAGCUACACCAGCAGCAGAUGCAGCAGAAACAGGCGAAUGCGGUAGCAGAUUCAGUUCUUCGGGAGGUAUUCCUUCGCUUCUUUGUUGACUUGCUACGGGGUUGCACCGUUAUUACUCGAUCGCGCUAUGGCGCCCCCUUAGGCUAUCCUUGCGGGGGUCCCUUUAAAGGCAAGGAUACCCCGGGCAGCGGUGGGAGGCUAAGAGGACAGGGAGCCCCAGUGGAUGGGGGGCCCCUGCUGCAAGAAAUCUGCAGCACCCAAGCAUUUGCGAGCUUUUUACAGGUCCAGGAUGAGGCACGCGCACUGGAGCAUGCUGGAAACUCUUCGGAAGGGGUCGGCCACCUACCUGGAGCAGUUUCCCCGCAGGCUUCAUUGGCCCCCGUCCAUGAUCCGAAUGCAGAAGCUGUUAGCCCCCGCUCGCUGAGGGCCGUCAGGAAAGCAGCAACUGCUGCCGCUCUCUACUGCAAACCAUUUUGGGCCCUCGAAGCCGAAGACAAACGCCAAAGAACCAACAGUAACAGCAGCCGCAACAGCGGCGUCCACCCGCUCGCAGCAACACCACCGGUUGCUGGUGCGCCGGGAAAGGCAGAAGCCCUUCUGCAACAAGAUCACCAGACUGCUGGCAGUGUCGCUUCACAGCAACUACGCGGCUCCUGCGUCCCUUGGGGCGUAAAAUACACCGUUCCUGCCAGGCCGUACACUGCAGCUACCGCUGCUGUCUGUAGUACCAGCAGCAGCAAUGCUCAUCGCGUUAUGGGCGAAGAUUUGGCCAUGCUGCUGCGGCCUAGGUGGCCCCUUUCUUGGCCUUCUGCGUCCCUUAGGAGUGCAAGGAAAAAUUUCUCAUCAAGAUCUGCCGCCUGCUCUAGAAGCAGCAAAAGCGCCAGCAGCAACCGCAGCAGUAGCAACAAUGGCAGUGAGGGCCGGCUCCAGACUUUCAUAGAAGAAGAAACCAUGAUCAAGUUUUCCAGCGCUGUUUUCCUCUCAUGUGGAGCAGCCAAGUUUAUGGACAAGUCCCAAGAGCGUUCGCUUCUCGUUACUUUCUUGUUUGUGGGGACGAUCACCUACCGGAAAACGGAUGUUGUGGAAAUGCGAACAUUUACUUAA